CAAGAGAAACGAAACCUAUUUCCCUGCUACACGAGCCUCUGCUUGAGGAACCACACUCUUCUAGUUGAGCUAAAGCUGUAAGGAGGGAAUAUAUUUGAACUGAUAUUCUAUAAAAACAGAGCAGUUUCUAUUAGAGCUCUAUAAACUAUCUGUAAAGAAAUGGCUGAGUCUGCAGCGAGUCAGUAUGAGGAUCAGUUCAUCUGUUCAGUCUGUUUGGAUCGGCUGAAGGAGCCGGUGAUGAUUCCCUGUGGACACAGUUACUGUAUGAGCUGCAUUACUGACUGCUGGGGCCAGAAGGAGCAGGAGCCGCCGUACUGCUGUCCCCAAUGCAGAGAGAGCUUCAGUCAGAGACCUCUACUGAAGAAGAACACUCUGAUAGCGGAGAUGAUGGAGACGCUGCAGAAGACGUCUCUACAAACGGCUGCUGUGGAGUGUGAUGUCUGCACUACAGAGAAGAGCAGAGCUGUAAAGUCCUGUCUGCAGUGCUUGGCCUCCUUCUGUCAAACUAAUUUCCACCCUCACUAUCAAUCUCCUGCGUUUAUGAAGCACAAACUAGUCCAAGCCUCCAGAAACAUUCAGGAGAACAUCUGCCUCAGUCAUGGGAAACCUCUGGAUAUUUACUGUCAGGACGAUGAUCGAUGCAUUUGUUGUUUGUGUGUGACUGACAAUCAUAAAAACCACAAUGUUGUAUCUAUGGAUUCAGAAUGGACUAAUAAAAAGGACAAGUUAAAGGAGAUAAAGGUGGCGUGUCAAAAGCUGAUUGAGGAGCGAGAGAGAGGUCAGCAAGAUCUCAGUGAAGCUGUGAAGUCUUUUAAAAGUUCAGCACAAGAGGCCGUGGAGAACAUUGAGAAGGUCUUCACUGAGCUCAUCUGCUCUCUGGAGAAGAAACGCUCUGAGAUUAAAGAGCAGAUCAGAGAUCAGGAGAAGACUGAGAUAGAUCGAGCAGAGAAACUUCACAAACAUCUGGAUCAAGAGCUGACAGAACUCAGAAAAACACAAGCAGAGAUUGAGAAACUUCUGAUUACUGAUCAGAUCCAAUGUCUGAAGAGCUGUCAGUCUGUGUGUGUUUUACCCUCAUAUGAAGACGUUCCCAGCUUCACUCAACACACUCAUCUGUCUUUUAAAGACAUUUCAAUCUCAGCAUUCAGAGAGGUUUUGGAGGAUGUCUGUCAACAGCAAACAGCCAGAAUAUCUCGAGACGUGUCAAACGUCCAUGUUUCAGAGUCUCCAGAACCUAAAACUCCAAAUGAAUAUUUGCAGUGUUUCCGUCAACUGAAACUGGAUCCAAACACUGUACACGAAGAUAUCAUCUUGUCAAAAGACAACAGAAAAGCAUCAUUUUCGGAUGAAGUCCAGCAAUAUCCUGAUCACCCAGAGAGAUUUGAUGAAUAUUGUAAUGUCUUGUGUAGAGAGGGUUUGUGCGGGCGCUGUUACUGGGAGGUUGAAUGCCGAGGGAAAUAUUGGGCUGUAGCAGUUUGUUACAAAGGAAUUGGUCGUAAAGGAAACAGGGAAGACUGUAAACUUGGCUUCAACAAAAAAUCAUGGAGAUUGUCCCUCUAUCAGCAGAAUGUCAGUUUCAUACAUAAUAAUGAGCAUGUCUCAAUCCCUGCUGUCCGCUCCUCUAGAAUAGGAGUGUAUCUGGAUCACAGAGCAGGAACUCUGUGCUUCUACAGCGUCUCUGACACAAUGACUCUACUACACAGAGUCCAGACCACAUUCACUGAACCCCUCUACCCUGCAUUUGGGGUUUUACAUGGUUCAUCUGUCAGGAUUAUAAACCAGAGAAGAGUUCAGACAGACCAGAAAUAAAUAUACAUUUUAGCCCCAAAUUAUU